AACAUCAGGUUGAGAACCACUGAUCUAAUAGCUUCUCUAUCCCACAGCUCCUGGGUACCUGAAAGCAAGAGAGGCUUUCCUAAGUGAGACAUGACAUUGCCACCCCCACAGGCAACAGAAAUCCACAUGGAGAUGAAAUAAAAUACAGCUGUCUGUCACAGAAUUUCCAGGCAGCCACUGCACUGACGGGGCAUUACGUGUCCUGGUCCUUAUACUCGGUGAAAGAAGGCCUGGAAGACCUUGGCUUGAAGGAACAAGAAAAUAUGGACACUGUGAAGAAGCCUGGAAAAGGUUUGUCUUCUAAUGAGACUCACUGCCCCCAAGAGCAAAAGCAGAAACCCCAAACACUGGUUGACCUAUCCCUGGUCCUGCUUGUCUAAGAACACAUACACUCUUUUAGUCUUCAUCCAUCUUGUCCGAAAGGAGCCAGUCACAAUCCAGGAUGUCACUGUGCUUUUCUCGGAGGCAGAAUGGGAGACACUGAGCUCUGAGCAGAAGACCCUGUACAGAGACGUGAUGCUGGAGAUUUACAGGAAUCUGCUCUCCGUGGAACCAACAUCAGAAGUUCACCCUUGUUCCUCCUGCCUCCUGGAUUUCCCCUGUCAGCAAUUCCUCAGGCAGCAAGUGCUUCAGAUCUUUCCAGACUCGUGUGCAGAGAAUCACUUCCUUCCCGAAGAUAACAGCCCAGGGCAGCCAGAACAUCAGGAUUCUGUUCAGAACUGCAGGAGUGAAAACACAGGACGACGGGAGAGAGAGGUCUCCAAACCCUUGUGUGGGAGCACAGGGGAGAGAGAGAGGUCAAGGGUUUUAUCCAGCCCAGCCUGGGGAAGGUCAGCAAACCCCAGAGAAGGCAACACAAGGGUGGGAACGGAGGCCCACUCUGCCCAGAGGGGAAAAAACCUUGUGGAAACAGACAAGGGUCUGAAGGGCUUAGAAACCUCAAGAUUUGGAGUAAUGGCUUAUAGAGAGGGUGAUCCAGACUGUAACCUGAAAUCAAACAUCAUGAACCAGAGGAUCCCUUCUCAGGACAAGUCACAUUCUUACAGUAAGUGUUGCCAAGGCCUUAACCAGAAAUCCUUUUUCCUUUGGCAACAAAGGACACACUCAGAUGAGAAUCCUGAUGUGUGUAAGGAGUUUCAGCCAGGCUGUAACCUCAAGUCAACUCUAGUCACAUGCCAGAGGACACAGGCAGGUGAGAGACCCUAUGCAUGUGAUGAGUGUGGUCCAGACUUUAGUGUUAGGCCAACUCUCAUUACACAUCAGAGGACACACUCAGGGCAGAAGCCAUGUGGAUGCACAGAAUGUUCACAAGGCUUUACCUGCAAAUCAGCUCUCAUCAGACACCAGAGGAUACACUCAGGGGAGAAAGUACAUGUGUGUAAGGAGUGUGGACGAGGCUUUUGGGAAAAGUCAAAUCUCAUCAAACACCAGGGGACAUACUCAGGUGAGAAACCUUAUCUGUGUAAGAAAUGUGGGCUAGGCAUUAGCCAAAAGGCAGAUCUCAUCAAACACCAGAGGACACAGUCAGGUGAGAAACCUUACUUGUGUAAGGAAUGUGGGCGUGGCUUUUCCUGGAAAUCAAAUCUCAGUACCCACCAGAGGACACACUCAGGGAGGAAACCGAAUGUGUGUAAGGAUUGUGGGCGAGCGUUUAGCCAAAAGGCAUAUCUCAUCAAACACCAAUGGACACACUCAGGUCAGAAACCUCAUGUGUGCAAGGAGUGUGGGCAAGGCUUUAGCCAACAGUCACAUCUUAAAAGACACCAGAGGAAACACUCAGGGGAGAAGCCACAUGUUUGUAAGGAGUGUGGGCGAGGCUUUAGCCAACAGUCACAUCUUAAAAGACACCAGAGAAUACACUCAGGGGAGAAGCCACAUCUGUGCAAGGAGUGUGGGCGAGCCUUUAGCCAACAAUCAAAUCUCAAAACACACCAGAGGAUACACUCAGGGGAGAAGCCACAUGUGUGUAAGGAAUGUGGGCGAGACUUCAGAGCCAAGUCAACUCUCAUCACACACCAGAGGACGCACUCAGGGGAGAAGCCACAUGUGUGCAAGGAGUGUAGGCAAGGCUUUAUCCACAAGUCAAAUCUCAUCACACACCAGAGGACACAUUCAGGGGAGAAACCUUACAUAUGUAAGGAGUGUGAGCAGGGCUUUAGCCAACAGUCACAUCUCAUUGCACACCAGAGGAUACACUCAGGGGAGAAACCUCAUGUGUGUAAGGAGUGUGGGCGAGCCUUUAGCUGGAAGUCAGAUCUCAUCAAACACCAGAGGAUACACUCGGGGGAGAAGCCACAUGUGUGCAAGGAGUGUGGGCGAGGCUUUAGCCGAAAGUCAACUCUCAUCAAACAUCAAAGGGUACACUCUUUCUCCCUGGAGGCAGGCCACACACUAUCUGCUGCACCUUCCUGUUGACUAGCCACUUUGAGCUAUGCUUAAGCAGCCAGAGCCCUGGAGAUGAGUCCUCUGCCAUUGGAUCUUUAAGACUUUGCACCCACUGGCCUGUGA